ACGUUACGUGAACGAACUAGGCCAAGUUCGUUUACUUUUCUACCAACUUUCUCGUGUGUUUGUGUAAAUUUCAAAGCUAAAUUCUUAAUCAAGAGGCUGACGACGUAUGUUUGUUGCUUGUUUUGGUGAAACAAGUGGCUUGUUUUGACUCAAUUAUCGUACCCUCUUGCCUUGGAGUCCAAGUUGGCAAACAAAAAAAUCUGGACUGCCGGAGUCCGGAGAGAUGGAGCGUGGCGUGCGCCUCGCCAUGGGUUCAUUCGCCGAUUCUGACGGCAUGCCGACAUCCAUGUUCCAUGCCAGAAUGAUCUACACUAUCGUUGGUUCGACAAUUGCAUUUCAGUGCUUGAAUAUCACGCUAAACUUCACACCAGCACCGCAGAAAUACUACUCUGAACCUCGGUUUAGAUGGAGAAAUAUAUUGACUUCUUUUACACAUGCUAUGAUUUCGGGAUUUUGCUCGAUUUUCUGUUUGUACAGCUCUCCAGAACUACUUGAUGAUCUUAUCCGUAACGUGACUCCAAUGGGGGAAGUACUGGUUGCUAUAUCAGUAGGUUACUUCAUCUAUGAUGUCAUCGAUAUCCUUCUCUACCGGUCAGUCACAAACACCUGGCCCUUAUUAAUUCAUCAUACUGUUAUUUUGUUUUGCUUUGGUAUCAGCUUAUACCUCCGUUCCUACAUUGUGUAUUCGCUAGUUUCCCUAGCAGCUGAGAUCAACAGUGUUUUCCUUCACUUCCGACAAAUCCUUCUCAUAGUUAAUACGUCAAAACACUCCCCAAUUUAUCGAGCGAACAGUGCCAUCAACAUCGUGUCGUUUCUUUUUUUCCGUUUCGGUACGCUGGUUUGGAUGUUCUACUGGCUUCAGAGCCAUUAUCGAGAAGUCCCGAUUCUCUUGUAUUGUGUUGCUACGGUUGGACUUAUUACCAUGGUGAUUAUUAAUAUGGUGCUGUACAAGAGGUUACUUAUUAGUGACUUCAUCGCUCGGGGGGAUAAACUGAAAAAGGAAAAGAGCGUCUUGGAAAAGUAAAGAUGAACAAUGGAGGAGUGAGUUAGUUCUGAGGGAUGUGCGAUUUCAAUGAUGAACAUUAUCUGCAUGGAUCUUGCAUUGAUGUUAUCAUGCCGCCAUCUUCAGAGGAGCAAUAAUGACGAAACAAUGGAAACGCGCACCUACAUGUACGCACUUUGCACAGGAUAACCAAUGAGCAACUUUCUUUUAACCUCCAUGUGAGGGCGCCCUUCUCAAUUGAUGUCAUGCGCAUUUAGGAACAUGUGCCUUUGAUAUUCAAGAUAGUAGACACAUCACCAGCAACAAAUUUCAACACAGAAUAACAGUCCUGUUCAACAUGCUAUGCAGAACAUUCCUUAGCAGUAUUAGCUGCUUAUAUUUUUGCUUGGCAGUCAUUUCUAAGCAAUACUAAGAAAACCUUGUGGGGUAGCAUUGUUCCAUUGUUAAAAUUACCUCGCAAGUUGGUUUGUGUAUGGACACAGUAACAUAAGUGUUGACAUCGGGAAUGGCGCAACCACGAUUUAUCGCAGAGUCAGUCGACUUGCGUCAGUACAAAGUUAGCCAUCCGGUUAUCUUUUUAUCUAUGUCAGUGUUUCUAAUGUUAUGUUAUUCCUGCGAGUGUACUCCUAGUGUGAUAUUCUAUGCAUUUUUGUGUGAAAUUAACUGUUAACAAAUAUUGAUGUAGAAUACUGUAUUUGAUAUUUCUUGUAAAUGUUGAUGAAUUGUUUUAUAGAAUUCCCACCCUCCAUAUUUGUAUUCCAUCACAGCAUUUUAAUUUUGUUUUAAUUUUGAUAAAUUUUGUAAUUUUAAUGAAGAAAUUAAACAAUUUAAAUUAUAAUGAGACUAAUUUAUUUGAAACUUGUUCUGUAUUUUUACCCAGUUUCCUUUUGCAAUAAUGGUAAUGGUCUAAUCUUUUGAACCUAUCAGAGUGGUGUGUCUUGGCCAAGUGCUUGAACCAAGCUCUUGUGUUUCUGAUUGAGCAAAGUGUGGGUUCGAAUCUCGGUCUUUACACUUUGUGUUCAUCAGCAAGACACUAUUGUUUCGCCCUACAGACGUUUAGUUGUAGUUCUGUGUGUUGUGUAAUGCGUGUAGACCCAGUUACAUACAUUUUAUAGCUAAGAUAAGAGGUUAGCCCCUGUGUUUCUGUUAAAGGAACACGUUGCCGUGGAUCGGUCGAGUUGGUCUUUGAAAAGCGUUUGUAA